AUGAGGGAGUGCAUCUCGAUCCACAUUGGCCAGGCCGGCAUCCAGGUCGGGAACGCCUGCUGGGAGCUGUACUGUCUCGAACAUGGCAUUCAGGUCUGUUUCUCCCUCCCUAUUUUGUCCUGAUUUAUGCCAGACCAUCAGGAGCGGAAGAUUUCCUUAUCCUUGUGGUUCGAUUUCGUAGCCGGACGGGCAGAUGCCGAGCGACAAGACAGUUGGCGGCGGAGACGACGCCUUCAACACCUUCUUCAGCGAGACGGGAGCUGGGAAGCACGUCCCCCGGGCGGUCUUCGUCGAUCUCGAGCCCACCGUGAUCGACGAGGUCCGCACAGGGGAGUACCGCCAGCUGUUCCACCCGGAGCAACUCAUCAGCGGCAAGGAGGACGCCGCGAACAACUUCGCCCGUGGCCACUACACGAUCGGCAAGGAGAUCGUCGAUCUGUGCCUCGAUCGGAUCCGCAAGCUCGCGGACAACUGCACGGGCCUCCAGGGAUUCCUAGUUUUCCACGCCGUCGGCGGUGGGACCGGAUCGGGCCUCGGAUCGCUGCUACUGGAACGCCUCUCCGUCGAUUACGGAAAGAAGUCCAAGCUAGGGUUUACGGUCUACCCGUCCCCGCAAGUCUCCACCUCCGUGGUCGAGCCCUACAACAGCGUGCUCUCUACUCACUCUCUUCUGGAGCACACCGACGUCGCCGUCCUCCUCGACAACGAGGCGAUCUACGACAUCUGCCGUAGGUCGCUGGACAUCGAGCGCCCCACGUAUACCAACCUGAACCGCCUGGUCUCGCAGGUGAUCUCCUCCCUCACCGCUUCCCUGCGCUUCGACGGCGCCCUCAACGUGGACGUUACAGAGUUCCAGACCAACCUCGUCCCCUACCCUCGCAUCCACUUCAUGCUCUCCUCCUACGCCCCCGUGAUAUCCUCGGAGAAGGCUUACCACGAGCAGCUCUCGGUUGCGGAAAUCACCAACAGCGCCUUCGAGCCCUCGUCAAUGAUGGCAAAGUGCGAUCCCCGCCAUGGAAAGUACAUGGCCUGCUGCCUGAUGUACCGCGGUGACGUCGUCCCCAAGGACGUCAAUGCCGCCGUGGCCACCAUCAAAACCAAGCGGACGAUCCAGUUCGUGGACUGGUGCCCAACUGGGUUCAAGUGCGGGAUCAACUACCAGCCGCCGACGGUGGUUCCCGGCGGCGACCUCGCCAAGGUCCAGCGUGCGGUGUGCAUGAUUUCCAAUUCCACCAGUGUCGCAGAGGUCUUCUCCAGGAUCGACCACAAGUUCGACCUCAUGUACGCGAAAAGGGCCUUCGUCCACUGGUACGUCGGCGAGGGCAUGGAGGAGGGGGAGUUCUCCGAGGCCCGGGAGGACCUCGCCGCCCUGGAGAAGGACUACGAGGAGGUCGGCGCCGAGUCUGCAGAGGGCGAAGACGACGACGGAGAGGAGUACUGA